AUGGCGCCGACUUACAAGUUGACGUACUUCGACGUGAUGGCUCUUGGAGAGCCCAUCCGCUAUAUGCUUGCCUAUGGAAACAUCAAUUUCGAAGAUAAGAGGAUUCCACGGGAGUCGUGGCCGAAACUUAAACCCAAAACGCCUUAUGGCAAGAUGCCUGUUUUGGAAAUUGGAGAGAAGAAAGCUCACCAAUCAAUAUCAAUUUGUCGUUACCUCAGUAAGAAAGUAGGCCUUGGUGGUAUAGACGACUGGCAAAACCUUAAAAUAGAUUCUACAGUUGAUACAGUAGUUGACAUCCGUAUAGCGAUAUUCAAUCUCGUAUUUGCGCCGGAGUCAGAGAAAGAAAAAAUGAGGGAGACAUUUGACAAGGAAACACUGCCCUUCUAUUUGAAUCGUCUUGAUGAACAAGUGAAGGAAAAUGGCGGGUUCUUUGUCGACAAGAAGCUUACUUGGGCUGACCUGCAUUUUGCUGCUACCAUUGACUCCGCAAAGGAGUUCUUGAAAACAAAUCCAGUUGAAGAUUAUCCCCAUCUAAAAGCACUCGUGGACAAAGUGUGGAACCUUCCUAGGAUUAAGUCGUGGCGUGCAAACCGCCCUGUCAGUUCUAUUUAAAUGUAAUUUUAAAAAAUAGUUUUUGUUAGAUCAUACUCUCAUUUUUG